GAAGUUAUUACGGAAAUAUGAAUUAUAUAAUUAGUGUAUACUCGCUAAAUUUAAUCAUGAAAUUUUGAUAGUUUUUUCUUCCUAUGUUUUCAUAGACGUAAAUCUAAUUUAUUUUUCAAUUAGUUCUGUUUUUUAUUUAGUGAAUUUCACAAUAAAAUAUAUAUGAUACUGAAGGAAAAGACCCUCGUUUUUUUGCUGCGCUCCAAAGACCACUUUUUCGCGCCGUGUUUUACGACAAGCGCACGUGUGGCGGAUUUUGACAAGCUUGACGUGUGCGCGCUUGUUUUGUGUGUGUGUUUUUCUCCUUCCCGGAAAAGAGUCGAAAUAUGGACGAUUUUCGCAAAAACGAGUGGAAUUUGGUGGAAAUUAGCGGAGAUGAGAAGCAGCAGAUGAUAAAAUACGUCGUUAACGAUGAAUCUGUGACUUGCCUGGUGUGUGAUAUGAUUUCAAUGAAAAGUGAAUCUGUGUCAAGAACAGAACUUUUUGCUCGAGCAAAGUUGAAGAAUACAAAUCUACAGUUGGAGAAUGAGAAAAUUCUGAAUUUAAUCACAAAAACAAAGGCUUCAGAAUACAAAUUGGAGGAGAAUUCAAUCCUGAACGUCAAAUACUACAUUUCCAGAUAUCCUUAUCGAUUUUCAUGGAAUCUCUCGCAGAGCAACACUGAGGAGUUCAUGAAAUUCUUCACAGCUCCUCUUUUGUGCUCCUUGAAGACGUCCGAGGCGAGAAUUGAGCAACUGCAGGAUCUCUUGAAGAGGAAGGAUGAGGAAAUUGCCGGAUACAAACUAUCAGGAGCGACUUUAGUGCGAAAACAUCUUGAGACUUCGCCAUUUGAUCCUGAUGCCUUUGAUGGCGCAAAUGAUUUCUCCUUCGUGGGAAAUCACAGUAUUGCCGAAAUUUAUGGCUUUUGUGGGGUUUCUCAAAUCCCUGUCGCAGUGACUGAGGACAAAUCACCGAAAGCUGCCAAAGCUCCGUCAACAGCAACUUCUCCGAGUGGCUCGAAAAUCUCCCCGGCGAGACGCAGUCGAAUGAUGCAAAAUCUCAAGCGACUCCACGAUGAUAAGGUGCUGUAUGACGAGGAGGGCAGCUCACAGGAAACGAGCACAGACGACUGUAUCGCCCCGAGUGAGGCUGAGACUCAAGCAACGAAUCCCAAGAUCCGCAAGCGACUCAACCUUUAGGCG